CAUUGAUGAGGACCGGUGAUGAAGUGCACUUGCUCUGUACUGCUAAUCUUGUCUGUUGUGCUUUGGGCUCAAUCCAGGGUCAGAUGUUCUUCAGUGGACAUGUUUAAUUUGAAGGUCAGGAACAAAUCACACAGCAUAAAUUUGUCCUGGGAGAGACCAGAUGAAAAAAAAAACAAGCUGUGUUACAGGACCGAUUUGCAGUACAGGAGCCAGUGUGACACUACCUGGAAGAAUCAUACUGACAUUCCAGGGUUCACGUUUGAGUUGCCUGCACUGGAUAUGAAAAAGAACUAUGCUUUCAGAUUAAGGAUGAGGCUAGAAUGUACCCAAAAGAACUGGGGACAAUGGAGUCCCAUAAAAAACUGGAGGAAUGACACAGCAUCCUGCAUGACAGACACCUCAUCAUUUACUGUAAAAGAUUAUCUGUUGAUAACGAUGCUGCCACUGGUGGGAUUAAUGCUUUUCUAUGCAAUAACACAUGAUCGGGUAAGAAGACGUGUCCUUCCUAUAAUUCCAGAUCCAAAGCAUACCCAAGGGAGAAUUUUAAACAUUGAACAGAUUCAGUGGUGGAGCGACUUUGCACAUACAUGUGAAGAUUGCAAGGUAUCGGAAAUAAAGAUCUUUGACAGGGAGGAGGAGACGAAUGAAAUCACUCUUAUCAAAAGUGAUCUUGAUGAACAACCCCCUCACACUUUUCCUACCCACAUGAUUCCUGGAAAGCCUGUCUUUGACCUUGUCACAAAUAACACCAUGUGCUGCAUUUACUCUUCUGAUACAUCUGAGGACAACAUUGUUGCACAGUGUUCAGCGAUCAGACCAGGCUACAUCAUUAUAUAAAUACUGACUUUGCUUAUUUAAGCAUGGAUAAGGGAUUGAAUGAGUGAACAAAUGUGU